AUGUAUAAUCAAUCAGAUCCCCCUUUCAUGCGCUUUACUCUGCUUGGUUUCGAUGAAAACACCGAUGUCGAAGAACCAGAUGCUCUCAGCUCUCCUGGCCCCCACUCGUCUCCCAUUCCCUACCAGCGAGUCAAUAUAUCCCAAGGAACUCAGUUUACGAACCUCCCUGAUCUACCUGAUGAUGAUCAGGACUCCAAUUACUCUCCCGAUCCCCAAACACCCAUCAAACGGACUACAGCCCUCAGCAACGAGCAAAAAACCCGUAUGACCUUGGCUUUCAUGCGAGAUUUCAAUCGAUUUUCCCUUCAUCAGUUUCUUCAAACUCUCUUUACCUCGGAUGAUGCAGGCAUCAAGAAUUUUGCCAACACAUUUCUGGCUGGUGACGGAGUUAAUCCCAUAAUGGAUCUUUUGUGGAAGGGAGGCGGGGAGCUCAAAAAUCCUAAGUUGACAGCUUGGGUAGUGGAGAAGGCAGCUUUGGCCUGUGCUAAAGAAGCCAGCUGGCUUUCCGAUUGUGCUUCUGAAGGUGAACAUCAAGAUGAUGCCAAAUAUCUGCAUGUGUCAUCUCGAGAUGUAAACGUGAAGAUGAUCAACAAUUUUCGGAUCGAUGACCUCCGUGUUCGCUAUGACCGUGUAACUCCCCACCUGCAAGCUAUUUUGAAUGCAAUAAUUGCAAGGGACAAGAAGAUAUUGGCCCCAGGCAGUCGGGAUCCAGAUGCAGGCAGGACUUUAAUAACAUCGAUGGUUCUUAAUUUACGCAGUCGCAGAUUAAACUAUCACGCUGCUUUAAAUGCACUUUUAUUCUGGGAUAACCAUGUACCGAAACGCCUUGUACAGGCAUUUAAUCACUUCGGAAUCACCACAUCAUACCCUUUCCAAGGCAAAUCAAUCACAGCAUUGAGCAAGGAUGUGAUCCUACUUGCACGACGAGCAGCAAAUGAUAGCCAAAAAAUUAAAUUGCUCCCAUACGACAACUUCAACUGGAUAUCAAAAGCUUGGGAGGCUACGGCUUUGCAUGGAUCAAUAACUCAUGAUGAAGUUUCUGCAUUGUUGGUGAUUUUACCCACUCCAGAAGGGCAGGAGGCCGCCAAAGUCACUAGUCUUGAUUGA